CCAUUUUGUCCCGAACCCCGUAUGUUCACAAAGGAAGUCCUAUACUCGGCUGCAAUGGCACCUGCUCGAUACAUGAGUCCUGUUGCCAGGCAGAUGUGCUGAAAAUCCGAUCGUUCGUUUCCGACGCGGGCUCGUCAAGCAUAUCCUAUCCCCACCACUACACGCCUGGCGCGUCGAGCUCCGCGCCGGCACAGGAACUCAUGGGAGUGUAUGGGUACCAGCAAUAUACAAACGCGCCGAGGCCGUUGAGCUCAAACGCCCCUCUCCCAUCCUCCCACCCGCCUCACCCUGUCCAUGUCCCUUCUCAGCACUUCAAUCUGUAUCCUCCGUCUCUACCAUACGGAAUGCAGCAAACCGGUGGUACAACUCAAUCGCGCCUAACACAUCCGUACCCGUCUGUUGCUUCCCAACUGCCAUUCGCACCGGCAACUGAAUUCCCUCGGGCACCCUUGGCGUUCAGAAUCUGGGAAAUGCCGUCGCUUGCUUCAGUUCCUCCUCGAGCUCCUGGAGACGGCCCUUAUACACCACUCAUAAAUCGACUACCUCCCGAACUGCUGUCGCAAAUAUUCGUCGAAGCCCUUCCAUCCCAACUCUUCCAGGCAAAGUGCACUCGUCGCUGCGUACCAGUGGUCCUCAGUCACGUAUGCGAAUACUGGAGGGAGGUGGCGAUUGACACAGCCGCCCUUUGGCAGUGGAUAUCCCUGACGGAAUGUCGCAAUAAAUACGUGCAUCGGACGCGAAAGCUAGCGCGCAGAUCCGUGCAGCGGGCGAAGGGCACCGGACUCAGCGUGUACUUCCGGGACGUUGAAGCCACCAGCCUCGACAACGAUCACUUCCGGGUCGUGGCCUUGGGACUAGGUGUCAGUACCACGCCUGCGCCCGACCGCUGCCAUUGCGCGCUCGAUCUCAUCAUGGCUCAUAUCUCAGAAAUACGUGUCCUCGAAUUGUUCAUCGGGCAAGCAUCGGCUCAACGCCUGUCUGCGAUCCCUCCUAACGCAGCGACGUCCCUUCGCAACCUCCGUGUCAAUUUCGUUCAAGGGGGCGAUAUGGUCCAGUCGCUCAGUGGCCUGACGUCGACGUCGCCACAGCUUCGGCUUCUGUCGUGGACCAGUUGCUUUGGGGUGUGUGCGGUGCCUCUGCCUGCCCGCGUCACAUAUUCACAGCUAGUCCGCGUUCACCUCGAAGAGUCGCCGAUGUCCUCGGACGCUUUCCUGGAUAUGCUCUCCAUCGGUCAAUCCCUUCAGGAUGUUCGGGCUUGUCUGACACGCAGUCACGGAAACGCCUCUACCACGCUAGCACGAGGCCACGUUGUUCAGCGAAGUGUAGAGAAGCUGUUCUUGACUGGCGACGAGGCGGUGGACGGGGUCUUCAAUGCCCUUCGCCUUCCGGGACUGCAGGAUCUGUCGCUGAAUUCCAGGUCUGAUAAUUCUGCCGAAUGGCCCUGCGUUCGUCCGCAGUCCAUUCGGAGCUUCAUCGCGGGUACGUCAGGCCUCAGAGAUUUUUCUCUCAAAGUCAAGGGCGCUCUGGACGAGGUCGCAGUGAUCAACAUCCUCGCUCUGCCCCAUGCGGCAACCCUCAGGCGCAUUCACUUGACUUUGCCCAUCUUUACGGAUAAGUUCUUCUUGGCGAUGCAUCCCGACCAUAGUCCUAUUCCGCUUCUUCCGCAUCUAUACGUGAUGUCGGUCGGGAAAUGUGUUACUACAGACGGGUACUACACGCCCGGCGCAUGGAACGCUGCAAGGGAAGCAGACGGGAAUCAAGGCUACAUAACUGCGCCGAUGCCGUCGCUGAGUACCAAUACCCCUCUCCUGCCACGCCCACUUCACCCCGGAUAUGCUCCCCUUCAGCAAUCUAAGUCGCCUGCUGCUCCCCGGCCUCCAGUCCCAUCUGUACCUCAGCUCAACCGGGGACCCAUGUCAAUCCGGAUCUGGGAAAUGCCGUCUCUCGCUUCGAUCCCUCCUCGAGCCCCCAGAUAUGGUCCUUAUACACCACCCAUAAAUCGACUGCCGCCGGAGUUGUUGUCCCAAAUCUUCGUCGAAGCACUGCCAUCCCAGCUCUUCGAGGCGACGUGCAGCCGUCGCAGCGUGCCGCUGGUUCUCAGCCACGUGUGCGGGUACUGGAGGGAGGUCGCGCUCGAUACAACUGCCCUCUGGCAGUGGAUUUCUCUCACGGAGUGUUCUUCGCGGCGCGCGCACCAUACUCGGAAGCUAGCACGCAGGUUUGUGCAGAGGACGAAAGGGGCAGAGGUCAGCAUCUACUUCAUGGAUGCUGAAGCUGCGAGCGUGCAGGCCGACCAUUUCAAGUAUAUGGCUAUGCGUUACCCGGUUGAGCCCAUCCCUGCUCACGAGCGCUGCCCGUGCGCUUUGGACUUCAUUACGGUCCUGAUCCCGCGAGUGCGCGAACUCGACCUGUUCAUAGGACACGCGUCGACUCAGCGCUUGUCUCUACUGCCACCAUCCUCUGCGAGGGCAUUGCGCAAUAUUCGCGUCGACUUCGUGCAGGGCGGAAGCCAAGUGCAGUCCCUCUGUACUCUACUGUCCACGACGCCGAAGCUUCGACAAUUCUCGUGGAGGAAUCACUUCGGUAUAUGCACCGUUCCAGCUCCUGCCCACGUCGCCUGGGCCCAGCUUGUUCGUGCAGAGUUUGAGAAGUCCCCCAUGACUUUUGACGCCUUCUUUGAUAUGUUGUCAGUUGGACAGUCGCUCGAGACCGUCUGCGUUCGCCUCACACGUGAGGAAACCUCCUCCUCGAGAUUUAAUGGUAUACUCGUUCAGCACGCUGUGACAGAGCUGCUCCUCUAUAGUGACGGCGCCCUGGACGAAAUAUUCAACGCAAUUCGUCUACCAUCGCUACGGGAAUUUACGCUCGACUCCGGAUCGAAUGAUUCCACCGAGUGGCCCUGCGUCGACACGCGAUCCUUGCGUCACUUCAUCUCGGGCACCUCAGCCCUGCAGAAACUCCAGUUCUCCCCAUGCGGGACUAUCGACGAGGACGCACUCAUUGUCCUCCUCAGUCUCGCCCCGGCGUCUACCAUUACCGACCUUUCUGUAGAGCUGUCGCUUGUAAGCGACAGGUUUAUAUCAGCAAUGCACUGUGGUCAGGGCGGUCCGCUUCUUCCCCUGCUGUCGCGUUUGUCGUUGGAUGACUGCGCUACGACGGAUGGUGUAAUCUCCCGCAUGCUCUGGUCGCGCUUCCAAAAUCAAUCACCCUUGGUAUAUGUCCAAAUCGGCUUCAUGCGCACAGAGCGAGGCCGACAUCCAAUGGACGAACAGGAAUUCCGUCGGCUGACCGCGAUGGGGCUGGUUGCCGAAGGAUUUUACUGAGCGAAAAUUCGAUCUGCAUCAUAUUUAAUAUACUUCCCUAUCCUGCGAGUCGUGUCAACUGCUACAGUAUGUCACAGAUAUCUAGGUUACGAAGAUACGCCAUUGUUGGCUGGCCCUGCCCACAGCCACCUUCAGGGAACUCAGCAGCGCUGCAGCCCUCUGAUCUCGAUACCAUGUCUCGUUCGAUGCAAUGCAAAUCGCGCCAUCUUUGGCUAAUUGCGCCCUCUGGAGGAAAAGCGCCAAGUAUACUUCGUCGGACCAUAGAUUGUACCCUCCGCCAGGCGCAUAGCGUACUUGUAGAGCCUCCAGGCGCUUGACCCGAAGAUCGUGAAAUAUGGCCG